CGGAUGCGGAAGUAAAACGCUGCUGGAUAAAAUUAAGAGCUUGUGUGUGAAUGUUUAUUACCCUGGUGCUCAAGAAGUUAGAGGGCUGGUAAUGUUAUCUGGAGUUUGAGACGUUUUUCAGCUUUAAAAAUUUCGUGUGUGUGUGUUGCAGGUUGCCAGCAUGGCACAGAAGGUGCUUGUGACGGGGGGAGCGGGUUAUAUAGGCAGUCACUGUGUGGUGGAGCUGAUCGAGGCGGGAUAUCAGCCUGUCGUCAUCGACAACUUUAGCAAUGCUGUUCGAGGUAAGGAAGGAGAAAAUGAUCUUCCUGAGAGCCUGCACAGGAUAGAGAAGUUUCUGAACACCAAGAUUGAGUUUCAGGAGCUGGACCUGCUCGACAAACCGGGCCUGGAGAAAAUCUUCAACCAGCACUCAUUCUAUGCCGUGAUGCACUUUGCUGGACUGAAAGCCGUGGGAGAAUCAGUGGAACAGCCUUUACGCUACUACAGAGUGAACCUCACUGGUACCAUCAACCUCCUAGAGGUGAUGCAAGCCCAUGGGGUACAUAAUAUAGUGUUCAGUAGUUCAGCGACGGUGUACGGCGAUCCUCAGAAACUCCCCAUCGAUGAACAGCACCCAGCUGGAGGCUGCACAAAUCCUUAUGGGAAAACCAAGUUCUUCAUCGAGGAGAUGAUCCGGGACCAGUGUAAUGCAGAAAAGGACUGGAAUGCUGUGUUGCUCAGGUACUUCAACCCCAUUGGUGCUCACAUCUCAGGCCAGAUUGGUGAAGAUCCACAGGGAAUUCCAAACAACCUUCUACCGUAUGUUGCCCAGGUUGCCGUCGGGAGACGAAAACAUCUCAACGUGUUUGGAAAUGACUACAAGACGGUUGAUGGGACAGGAGUGAGAGACUACAUUCAUGUGGUGGACUUGGCAAAGGGACACAUUGCAGCCCUGAAGAAGCUGAAGGACAACUGUGGCUGCAAGGUGUAUAACCUGGGCACAGGUACUGGCUACUCGGUGUUGCAGAUGGUGAAGGCUAUGGAGAAGGCUUCAGGAAGAGAAAUUGCGUAUGAAAUGGCCCCCCGGAGGAGCGGAGACAUCGCUUCAUGCUACGCAGACCCUCGCCUGGCAGAGGUGGAGCUUGGCUGGAAGGCUGACUUUGGCCUAGAGAGGAUGUGUGAGGACUUGUGGCGCUGGCAAUCCCAGAAUCCCACGGGCUUCACUAACGGCACAGUGGAGUGAAAAGGAAACGUGCAGAUGUGACUACCAGCUAAAACGAAUCUCAACUGAAGCAGAGCCAUGAACCAGCAUUAUUAUUAUUUUUAUUUUUCUAUUUUUUUUAAAUACAACUUGAUUCAACUUGAAGGAACCUCAUGACCCACUGAAUGCAUCUCAGUGAUUCAGUGCUAUUUCUACAUGUUUAAAUUAUUAGCAAGCUAUCAUCUUGUUAAUGAGUAGAUUUCUAUUCUUAUCAUUCCUCGGUUAUUUCUAAUCUAAAUAUUAUUUUGGGCCAAAUUUUACUUGGUUUAUACUUGGAUAUGUUGGAGUAUUAAAUUAAUUCUUUUUGAAAAGA